AUGUUCCCAUCCAAUUCAUGGCUCACAAUUAGCCCAGGAGGCAACGAUCGACGUCGGCCUGAUCCACGCAACCGUUCACGCUCCCCGGUAGCUAUUGAUCGUUACCAACCAGACCGAGAUAGGGACCGGGACCGAGAUCGAGUCUCGCGCGAUAACUUGAGGGAGGGCACUAGACCUGGUGCAAGAGAUACGAGAGAUACGAGAGACGCAAGAGAACGGGAUGAUCGCAGAAGAGCACCUUCGCCCACUGCUGCAAAUAUCGAUCGAUAUGUUCCAGGUCAAGAAUCCAGCAAGCCUGUUGUCAAGGUCAAUCCUCUCGCCAACCCCCUAGCUCUGGACACGCAGGCGGGUUUCAGCUUUUUCGCAGAUUGGUGGCGGUUUGAACAACAAGUCAAAGAAGAGAAAGAACGAGCUAAGCAUGGUGGCAGACGUCCUUCAGAUCGUGUCAAGGGUGAACGCGAAGCCAAAGAAGACCGCGAGAAGGAGCGGGCACAAAUUCAGCAGGCCUAUGACCUAUACAAACAGGAGUUUCAGGUGAAGAUGGCGAGGCAAUUUGUUCAGCAGCACAAGGGUGAAGAAUGGUUCAAAGAACGAUACGUUCCAGAAGUGCGAGACCCGAUUCGGAAGCGUCUGAUGGAGUCCCGAGAACCAAGUUUCGACCAAUGGGUCAAAGACUUGGAAACUGGAGUCUUCGAUGACUUUACUCUUGAAGGAAUCUACAAGAACGAUAGCGAUGGGGCCGGUGGAAUGGUGGAGAAAGAAGAAGGUGAAGCUGUUGGUGGUGGUGAAGUCUUAGGCGUGUUGGACCUUGUCCCUGCCAAAGGCGGUGAUCUGAAAGAUGAAUCUGUUCAACAGCCCGCUUUGCUCAUCAAGACGCUUGCACCUAACGUCGGCCGUGACCGCAUUGAGGAGUUCUGCAAAGAACAUCUGGGGGAGGAGGCGGGGGGAUUCAAGGGCUUAUCAUUGAGCGACCCCAAUCCGGCAAAGAAAUUCCAUCGUAUCGGCUGGAUCAUGUUGAAUCCUGCUCCGGAAGAAGACGGCGAUGUUAUGCAGGACAUUGAGCGGGGUGAUGGCCGGGAAGAAGAUGGUGAAGAGGGCGAAGAGAAGCCUCAGCCGGAGAAAAUCACCCCGGCUCAAAAAGCUCUUGAUCUCAUCAACGGCAAGACCAUCACUGAUCCAGUGAGAGGCGACUUUACCUGCCAUGUUGGCAUCCACAACGCACCAAGUGCACCACGGAAAAAGGCUCUUUGGGAUCUGUUCUCUGCGCCAGAACGGAUCGAGCGAGAUCACGAACUUGCGAGACGACUUGUCGCUAAGCUCGACGCCGAACUAGGCAAGGAUGAGCAUUCUGGGGCUUUGACGAGGAUUGAUGCUCGAGCGGAGCAAAUGAGAAAUCAGGGUCUUUUACAGCCUCCGCCGAAACCCAAAAAGCCAAACUUCGAAGACAACGAUGACGAGAUUAAGUUUGAAGAGGAAGGCGAAGAAGGUGAAGAGGACGAAGAUGAACAGGAUGACGAAGAGUUGCUGGUCAUCAAAAAGAAGCUUGAUCUGAUGGUUGAGUAUCUCCGCCGAGUCUUCAACUUCUGCCUGUUUUGCGUCUUCGAAUCCGAUUCCGUUCACGAAUUGGUCCGAAAGUGCCCUGGUGGCCAUCUUCGGAGACCGCGGGCUGGUUUGAGCUCGGCAGCCAAGGCUGCGGCCAGAGCGAGCGCACUCGGCGAGCCAUUCCCGGGCAAGAAGAAAGACGGCCGAAGUGAGAAUGGCAUAGAUGAUGAGCCGCUUAGCCCUGUCCAAGAGAGGCGCACUCAGAAGUUCAACAAAAACGAUCAGCAGCUCCUUCGGGCGUUCAACUGGGUUAAGACUUUUGAGGAGAAGGUCCUGCAAAUUCUAGAACCCGAGUAUGUGGAUUUGAAGAAGAUUGGAGGCAAGCCUGUCGAGGAAGCAUUAGAUGAAGAGCUGGCGAAGUUUGUCAAGCAAGAGGACGAGGCCAAAUUCCGGUGUCGGGUGCCCGAAUGCACGAAGCUGUUCAAAGCCGAGCAUUUCUGGCGGAAACACGUGGAGAAGCGACACGAAGAGUGGUAUCUGGCUCUCAAGAAAGAUCUUCAACUUGUCAACACAUACGUUCUAGACCCUUCGCAUAUCGCACCGUCGCGGUCCGAUGCCAACUCCAAUGGCCAUUUCCCUCUCCCUCAAAACCAUCAUCUAAACAAUGGCACUCCUCGUGGUUUCAGCCUCCAAAACAUAGGGAUGAACAUGAUGAAUUUCGGACAGAAUGCGAUGAUGAAUAUGCAGAAUGUUCAUGGUCCACUCGUGCCUGGGGUCAACUUCAGCACGGAAGGUAUGAAUGGAAGCGGAGGACAUACCGGUGGCCCCAUUCGACGUGGCGGAGGCAGAUACGGCAAUCGGCCUGGACCAUAUGAUCGAAAUCAACGAGGCAGUCAACGUGGGUACAACAACAUGGGGGGCAUGUUGCGAGGCAACCUUGUCCCCGGUCUCACUCCCGGAUUCAUUGCCCAGGGUGGAGGUGGAGGUGGUGGCAAAUGGGGAGAUGGUGCAGGUGGUGGCAUGAACGCUAUGGGACCAAGAGAGGCGACUCAAGGCAGAAGCAUCAAGAGCUACGAGGAUCUUGAUGCUCAACCCAACAGUAGCGGAGGCAAUGUUGGCGCAGCUGCGGCGGCGCAGGCUGGUGACGGUGCAGAGCUGGACUACUAG